UAGAUUCUGCAGCCAUGGACAGGAGAACGGUGUUUGUCAUAUUAUGGAUGCUGCUGCCGUACCCUUCUACUGGAAUCAAACUAGAUGGAGAUGGCUACAUUGACAUUACGAUUGCAAUUGGUGCAAAAGUCAAGCAGGAUGAUACACUUAUCGAUAAAAUCAAGGAAAUGGUCACCGAUGGGUCUUUUUAUCUUUAUCAUGCUUUGGAUAAAAAGGUCUAUUUGAAAGAUGCCACAAUACUAGUUCCAUCCCACUGGAGCUGUAAGGGUUGCAGCAAAGCGAGAACAGAAUCAUUUGAAAAAGCCAAAAUAAAAAUUGACCAUGCUAAAUUGAUGGAACCAAGAACUAAACUGUAUGGAGAAUGCGGAAAAGAGGGAGAGUACAUUCAUUUCACUCCAGACUUCCUCUUAAAUGACACUGCCAUUCAGAUGUAUGGACCAAGAGGAAAGGUUUUUUUGCAUGAAUGGGCUCAUCUGAGAUGGGGUGUUUAUGAUGAAUACAAUGAAGAAGAACCCUUCUACCUCUCUAAUGGCCGUGUUGAAUAUACAAGAUGUACUACAAACAUUGAAGGUCAGUUAUUUGAGGUUAAUGGAGGAUCGCUUCAACCAUGCAACAUUUAUCCGGAAACGUUUUUACCUAGCUCGGAUUGCAAGUUUUUUCCUAAUAAAGAUCAAAACACUGACAGCUCUGUAAUGUUUUCACCAAGCCUGGAAGCCGUGACCACCUUUUGUCGUGAAACCGAGCACAAUUACGAAGCCGAAACCCCGCAAAAUAAAAUAUGCAAUAACAAAGCGACAUGGACGGUAAUAUUUGAGGAUUCUGUGGAUAAAGACGCACUGUCGUUUCUACCACCACUGCCGUCGACUCCAUUACCGCCGGAAUUCAAACUUUUGCAGCGGCAGAAACGUGCUGUUUGUCUCAUCCUUGAUGUCUCAGGAAGCAUGGCAGAAGAAUUUAGAAUUCUUCGCAUGAGGCAGGCGGCCACACAUUUACUGCUGAACUACGUUGAGGACCAGGCCAGUGUUGGAAUUGUAAAAUUUAGUACUGCAGCUUUUAUCGUGAGCCCAUUGACUAUUAUUGAGAAUGAAGCCACAAGAGAGCGUCUUAUCAAAUUGUUGCCCGAAACUCCAGAUGGAUAUACAAACAUGUGUAACGGCCUUCGUCUAGGCUUACAGGUACUUUCAGAAGACAACAUGGAUGCAAUAGGAGAUGAAAUCAUUUUUCUGACAGAUGGUCAGGCAACAGACGAUGUUACAUUGUGUAUUCCAGAAGCAAUAAACAGUGGCGCCAUUAUACACACAAUAGCUUUAAGUGACAAGGCACAUAAUGCAUUGCAAGAGAUGGCAGACAAAACUGGUGGAAUAUUUUACUCAGUCACUGAUGAGUUCACCUCCAACCAAUUAAUAGAUGCAUUUGCUUCACUAACAUUAUCCACCGGAGAUUAUACAAAUGAACCGGUUCAGCUUGAGAGUGUGGGAACUAGAACAUCUGAUUGGUUCAAUGGGACGGUAUCAGUGGAUCAGACUGUUGGCAACAAAACCAGCUUUGUGAUCAUUUAUGAAAAAAUUUUUCCCACGGUUUACAUACAGUCACCAAGUGGCAUUGUCUACAGUCAAGCACAAAUGAAUCAUGAUGAUCGGCUGAAAACAGUCACUUUAAAAGUUGCAGAAACCGCAGAGCCUGGAGACUGGGCGUACAGUAUCCAAACUUCAACAAAUCAGGCAUUUACAAUAACAGUAACAAGUCAAGCAUCACAUGAGGAUGUUGCUCCAAUUAUUGUCAAAACCCGCAUGAACCAGCAGGUCAGCGAUGGCACUAAACCUAUGAUGGUGUUUGCUGAGGUUAGUCAGAAUUACAGGCCUGUGAUAAAUGUUGAAGUGUGGGCUACGCUGGAGCCUGCAUCUGGGCCUAUACAAAUGUUACAACUCCUGGACAAUGGAGCAGGAGCCGAUGUUGUGGCAAAUGAUGGAAUCUAUUCUAGAUAUUUCACAAAGAUGGUAAACGGGAGAUGCAGCUUGAAAGUGAGAGCGAAGAAUCAAGAAGGAAAUGCCAGAUUUGCGGUCCAGAAAAGAAGUGGUGCCCCAUAUGUACCUGGAUAUGUGGUAGAUGGUGUUGUAGAGCUGAACCCACCAAAUCCUUCAGUUUCUGAUGAACCAAUUGAGGUUGGAAGCUUCACCAGAACAGCCACCGGUGAGAGUUUUGAGGUUACUCUAACAGGCUCAACGCCGCCAAAUUUCCCUCCUAGCAAAGUCAAGGAUCUAAGAGCUAAAAUCCUGGAGGAGGCUGUGCUUCUCAGCUGGACGGCUCCUGGUGAAGACCUUGACGAAGGAACAGCUAAAUCCUACGAGAUCAGAUGGAGCUUUGACCUGGACAUGCUUCGGCAAGAUUUCAGCAAUGGCCAUGUAGUCAACACAGCAACCGUCUCACCUCAGGAGGCUGGAUCAGUUGAGCAGCAUGCAUUCAAUCUCAGUUUACCAAUUCAAAAUGGCACCACACUCUUUUUUGCGGUUCAGGCUUUGGAUGAACAAGAUGCCAAAUCUGAAACCUCCAACAUAGCUUCAGCAUCAAAGAUCCUCCCUAAUCCGAAACCACCGGGAAUAUCAAACCCAGGCUUGAAUUUGACUGUUCUUGUCAGCUCUUUGUGUGCGGUAACUAUCGUUAUAUGCUUUAUUGCUGGUGUAACUACAUGGGCAGUGAGACAAAGAAGGCCGGCAUUAAGAAUAUGAUCCCAACACCAUUAAAUCAAUCUUUAUGCUUUAUGAUGAGUUGAUCACAAUGUACAUUUAACAGAUUUAGAAUAUGUUGUUUCAAGCACAAUUUCCAAAUUGCUGAAUUAAGGUGUGGUAUUGCUAAUGUCUUUUUUAGAAUUCUUGUUUAUGACACAUGUUUGUGAGCACUUUAAAUAGUAUUUGUUCUCUAGUCAAUCCACAAUGCAAACAUAUUCAUAAUUUUGUGUAAUGUGUGAUUGUCAUUCUGAUUUACAUUGUGUAGAAAAAGACCAAAUAAAUAAAAAACUGAUAAAUA